AUGAGCAGUCCUUCCAUAGUCAACAUAUAUGACGGCUCAGAUGGCCAUGCUGCUGAGACAGUUUUCAGCUCAGGAGUGUAUGCAUACACCUAUGACGACAUCAUUUUGAUGCCAGACCAUAUAAGUUUUCCAGUUGGCAGUGUCGAUCUUUCCACUCGUGUAUCAAAAAACAUCAGAUUAAAUCUUCCGUUUUUGUCAUCUCCUAUGGAUACUGUUACUGAAAGUCGUAUGGCUCUAGGAAUGGCUCUUCAAGGUGGUAUGGGAUUUAUCCACUAUAAUAACUCCAUUGAAGAACAAGCCUGGAAAAUUGGAAAUGUCAAGAGGUUUAGAAGUGGCUUCAUUGCUAGGCCUUACUGUUUAGGCCCAGAGGCAACUUUAGAGGACGUUGACAGAGUUUUUGCAGAGAGAGGCUUUUCAGGGUUUCCUAUUACAUCUACUGGUAGCGUAGGUGGGACUCUUUUAGGACUGAUUACUACAAGAGACCACGAUUUUAUCCAAAAUAGACAAAAAAAGAUCACUGAGGUGAUGACCCCUGCCAAAGACUUAAUUACUGCUGACAGCAAACUUUCUCUUGAGCUUGCCCAAGAGAUUAUGAAAUCCAAUAAAAAAGGAAAACUGCCUAUUGUAGACGAAGAAUUCAAUCUAGUUUCUUUAAUUUCUAGAAGUGACUUAAAGAAAGCCAAAAGUUUCCCUCUGUCCACUAAAAACGCCAACAAUAAACUUAUGGUCGGUGCAGCUGUCGGGACAAGAGAGUCAGACAGACAAAGACUGGAAGCCCUUUACGCUGAAGGUGUAGACGCCAUUGUGAUUGAUUCUUCACAAGGCGACUCAGAUUUCCAAAUUGAAAUGCUUAAUCACAUCAAAAGGACUUUCCCAUCUUUAGACGUUAUCUGUGGAAACAUCGUCACAGUUAGACAAGCAAGGCGGCUUAUAGAAGCUGGCUGUGAUGGUCUCAGAGUUGGCAUGGGCGCAGGCUCAAUUUGUACUACACAAGAAGUCUGUGCUGUCGGAAGAGCCCAAGCAACCGCAGUUUACCAUGUAUCGAAAUUUGCCAAACAAUUCGGAAUCCCUGUGAUUGCUGAUGGAGGAGUUUCUAACUCAGGGCACAUCAUAAAGGCCAUCACUUUAGGAGCUAGCUGCGUCAUGAUGGGCAGCAUGCUUGCUGGUACUGAAGAAGCCCCUGGAGAUUUCUUUUUCCAAGACGGCGUCAGAGUCAAAAGAUAUAGAGGAAUGGGCUCAUCGGAGGCUAUGCAGAAAGGCUCGAAAACCCGAUACUUCGGAGAUACUGCAAAUAUUCAGGUACCACAAGGUGUCAGUGGAACAGUUAUUGAUAGAGGUACAAUAAAGACCUUGAUUCCUUAUUUAACUCAAUCUGUAAGACAUGGUCUGCAAGACGCAGGGGUCCAAAGUAUUAGGCAGGCUCAUGAAUUUUUGUAUGAAGGAAGACUUAGAUUUGAAGUCAGAAGUGGCGCUGCACAAAGAGAAGGAGGCGUCCACAAUCUUUUUUCAUAUGAAGGGAAAUUAGGAAAUAAAAACAAUUAA